CACCUUUCCAAUGUUCUCUAGCAAUUUGUUUGCUAUUGCAACAUCAUUGCUUCUGGCAACCUUGCCGUCGUUUAGUUUAGCACAAACUUCGGACCCGUGUGCAAUCGUAGCUGGCAAACCCAUUGCAACCUUCGCCGAAGCAAAGGCUUGUCUCGAAUACUUUCCUUACAACCACACCAUUGCUACCGAAACUAUCGACAUUGUUCGCAAAAUCACGGACGAUUUGUACAUUUUCAAUGAAAUCGCUGCUACCCCGCCAAAAGUAGAAGGGUUGUCUAUCGUACCUGUUAACAUUUCUAAAGCUCUCGAUAUUAUUCAAAAAGAGCCAUGGAAGUCAGAUAGAGCCUUCCAGGACGCUAUUGCGCUGAUCUUGGACAAAGUCCACGACGCUCAUCUGGUUUAUUCUCCACACUGCUAUCGACAGUUCAUCUUUUGGCAACCCAUCCAACUCAAUUCUCUCAUCCGCGACGGUCGUCAAAUUGUAAACGUCGCUUAUGUUAAAGAUGAUCUAUGGGCCGACGCCAAGAAAGAAUGGACUGACUGCGAGGUCACUCAUAUCGACGACGUCAACGCCAUGGAGAUGGUUGUCAACUACGCUGUCAACAACAAUGGCGAAAGCAAGGAUGUCAACACCUGCUUGAACAACAUCAUGAACAGCAAAGAUUACUUCCAUGGAUGGGAUGACGGUGCUGAUGACCUUGGCUACCAUCGUUUCCUUCCUGCCCAAGAAAGUCACAAAUACACGCUGCAAUGUCCCAAAAAUGGCACCAAACCAGAACAAGCUGACUACGAUGAGCCUAUUACUGUUACCAUCCCUUGGGUUGCUCAGAUCCCUACUGGAUUCUCGGAUGCCGAUACAUACUGGGAUUCCUUCUGUUCUGUCCAUACUUCAGCUUUGAGCAAGCGUGGUCCCCUUUUCGAACCUACUGUUCAAGAGAAUCACAUUGGUCAAGCAUUCGAUUUCAGCGAAAACUCCAUCGGACAUACCACCAGAGACUACACAGAAUUCCUUAUUCUUGACGGUGAGGAUUCUGAUGUUGGUCUCAUCGACAUUCAGAGUUUUUCUGUUGCUAGCGAAGACAAGGAGGCCUUUGUUAAGAACUUCACUCGCGGACUUCAAAUGUUUGCAGAAAAGAAUGUGAAGAAAAUUAUCUUUGAUUUCUCUGGUAAUGGAGGCGGUGAUGCUUGUGCUGGUGAAUUCUUCAUCAAUUCUUUCUUCAGCUCCACACCCGACUACUACUCUGAUGUCAAAUAUUCCUCUCUGGUCGAUAACAUGGUUCAGAAGGCUUUUGAUAUGAAAUCCACAAAAUGGAUGGACUAUAAAUCCAACCAUACCCAAGACGCUGAUUGGUACACAAAUCCUGUCACCUAUAAGCGUGGUAAUACCGAUGUCAAGUUCUCUCAACCCGUAUCUCUUAGCUGUGAAUCUUGGAAUUCAGCCUUUGCUGGUAACAAUGCUUUUAACACUUCACGCUGGAAUGCCGACGAUCUUUUGAUCCUCUCUGAUGGCCGCUGUGGAUCAACUUGCGCCAUUGUCGUGUCUCGUCUCCGCUUGAUCCAUAAUGUUCCUGCUCUUGGUCUCGGUGGUAUUCGCGGAAAUCGCAUGCAAUUUGCUUCCUUCCCAGGUGGUGAAAGCGAGCGUUUGUCCUCUUUCUUGAUGGACCUUCAGUCUCUUGAUCUGCUCGAUGAUCCCAAAGCUCCCAAGCCAUUCCCUGAGCGAGCUGAUAUGGGAUGGACAUUCCGUGAAGUCUAUCGACCCAACUUACCCGAUACUAAGUUUGGCGAUGAAGUCAACCUUUUGGAAUACAAUAAUGUCGCCGCUGACUGCCGAAUGUACUAUACCGAUGAGAAUGCUUCCGAUCCCAAGAAGCUUUUGCAUGAGGUUGCUGCUCUGGUCAAGUCGGGUCAAUGCCCUCUUGUUCAGAAUGGUGGUAAAUAAGCUAUACUACCUUUUACAACAUACCAUUUUUGUUAGUGCAUUAUUCCCCCACAUUGCAGACAUCUCACUACUGCAGCUCAUUAUUACAAUCUUUUGAUUUUCAACUUUUUUUAUUUUCAAUCACAUUGUACUGUACACCGCUAAAGUAUUGUUUGGCUUGUAAAAUUACGAUCGAAAUAACAUAUUUUAUUUUGAACCUAACGCAAUGUUCUGU